AUGCAAAUGGCGGGCGAAGGGUUGGCUAGGGUGAGGGUACAUGUACUUGGCCUAUUUAUCGUGGUUUUUACUUGCUGGAAGUUCUCUCUAUCCUACAAAGAGUGCAAGAAAAUCGACGACUGUAGCUGUUUGACAGAUGAGGGAGAAGUUAGCCUGAAAAAACUUGCAGAAACGGGAACACCAAGGUGAGACGUGAGACUAUCAGCUGAUAACGGUCGAAGAUAACGUGUGACUGUUCAUUGAUAGGUAACUAAACCGAGAAGUCAGUUCCUCUUGGUCAAAAGCAACAUUUCGUAUAGGGAUUAGGGUUAAGAGACACUUCUGGUCUUGUUCAUUUAUCUGUAGCACGGUGACCUAUAUUAAGACCUGUGAAAUGUGACCUGUAAUAUUGUAUGUUGCCCAUUAUCCUGACACUUCAGUUUAACAUUGCAAUAACUUUCCUUUGUUAGUCGCAAGAGCUCUGAAAUUUGGCCCAGAGAAAAUCUAUUUAGUCAUUAAUAUGACGAAAGACAGUUUAACUUUUUUGCCCGUACUACUAGGUUAUAUUUUUUAAAUCGAUUGCCAGACUACUUUGCAAGUGCAAGAGAAGCUUAUAAGUCGCUUGCCUGUCGAAUUUAUUUACAAUUACGUUGUUCUUGUUGUGGCCGGAUAUGGGGCCAUCUGUCCGGGUACUGGGCAACAUAGGAGCUCUGCAAAAAUAUUAAUUUUGCUAUGUAUGGGAGAAGUCUCUCUAAACACGCUAACUGGCAUAAAAUAUUUAUCUACAGAAUGUCAGAAAAUUGAAUGAGAAAUAUUUCAUAAUAGAAUUACAAUAUUACAAUAUAUAUACUACUACUUGAGAAAUUUCUGCAAUUUGAUUGGCUUAGAGCAGUGGUAUUUGAGCUUAAUUUAAAAUACCUACAUGUGAGAAUAACAAACCUUUUGCAGGUAGUAUUAUAAACAAAAUAAUGAUAGCAUGAUUUGUACGUGAUAUUUGGCAUAAAUACCACUCGUGAUAUUUCAAAAUUGUCUCAAAUUUCACUCGCCUACCAGCUCGUGAAAUUACGUAUAACAAUUUUGAAAUAUCACUUGUGGUAUUUAUACCAAAUAUCACUACUAAUCAUGCCAUUGCCUAUACUAAUUUACACCGGAUAUCUAACACACACACAUUUUUAUUUAGUUUAAUUUUUGAGUUAAUGUUUCCGUGAUUUCCUUUUAAAUCAUAAAGUGAAUUAAGGUAUUUCUGAGUAAGUACCUCAAACCUCUGUUUCAAAGUGAGGAGGCUACAUGUGAAGCCAUUGAUAAGGAAAUUAUUAUUUAUUCUCAUGCAAAUGAAACUCCUUAUCACUUAGCCUUGCUUUCAAAGUAAGAUUCAGGUGUAGAACUCUAAAAUGACCUUUUAGCAUGCAGUUUAGAAGUCCAUUUAAAAACCUUGGCCACUCGAAAGGUGAAUCAUCCUUAUCCUACGGAUAGUCUGCAUUUGAUCAUAUUCAAGUCCUUAAUGUAGUGUCUUGUAGUUUUGUGUUUCUUAAACCUUUGAUAAAGGUUUUCUGGGGCAUUGCUGAGACAUUUGUUCUUUAUUACACAUUCAUUAAACUUCAACUUUUGGGGAACUUCGAGCCAACCUAUAAAUUUGAGACCCUCAAAAAAUGAUAAAAAUUAAAUUUUUUUAAGCUAGCUCUAAUUAAACAUGAAUAAGGGCUAGGAGACAAAGGAAAUUUAGAAUCAACCUAGGUUUAAAAAAAUUUAACCUGAAUAUAUAAUUUUCACCUGUAAAAACUAUCCUAGAUGUAAAGUUUUUUACUAGUUUCAAUUUCAUUAUGUUUUAAUAAUUUGAAGUAUGCACCCAUGGUCCAUGCUGAGAAACAGUAAACCAGCUUAGUAGAAAUUAUACAAAAGAAUUGAUUAUUAUUUUUUUGCAUCAUUAGUUGAAUGAAAAAUCGUGCUGACAAUCUCAUGAUGUCAUUUUCCCACCAAAAAGCACUUGAGAAACAAAAAUCAUAUCAUUGUUAAGAAUGUAAAGGUCUGCUAUCCUGCAAACUUUGAGCUCAUUUAGAUAAAAAUUACAAACACAACGUCUGCAGUACAGUAGAGUUCAGUCAUUCUGCCAACACAACAUGAUUUUGAAUCCCUUUUGUUGUUGUUGUUUCAGGUUUUUGGAAAUUCCAGCUUUAAAAGCUCCAUCUUAUAAAUUCAGCUGGAACCCAUGUAACCCCUUUUCACUAGGCAAGAAUGGAAGUAAAUGCACUAAAGUAGCUGUAAGUAUUUUUGAAUAAGGUGUCUUGUUCUGGAAAAUUUCGUGACAUUGCACACAUUUUAAUUUAUUCACUCCACUACUAGCCCUUAAAGAAAAUCCCAGUUACCUUUAGUUUAUGAUUUCAAGUGUCAUACAGUAGGGGAAAUAUGCAUGUACUAUGUAACCUGUCAUAAGGUUUUUUGUUUAGAAGUUAAUUAAAUAAUUUUAUCUACUGACAGGCUUGCCUUCAAAAUACAAUACUCAUAGACGAUUACUUUGGUAUUGCAACACAAGACACUGCUACUUGUUCUUUAGGAAACAAUGGUGAAUGUGUUUUGAAGUACACGGGAACAGGAGCAAUAAGGUUUGUGCAGACACGUUUGUACUGUAUUGAUCCCUUUCCAGCUACUGAAUGUCACAUAAGGUUUAUUGGUAUGAAGAAAGGGGGGAGGGGGGUGGGGCAAAAUAAGAGCACAGUCAGCCACAUUUUUGUAAGUAAGAUGCAUGAUGACUAUUCCAGCUAUUGAGUGACAUAUCUUACCUUUUAUCCUAGUGCCAGUUUGAAUCAUGUUUUUGUAAAGACAACAAGAAUAUGAUUGUGACCCUAUUUGUAAUGUAAAUUAUACAGCAGGAAAUCACAUGUUGCUGUCACUCUGAGGUGCGAUAAAUCACAAGAGGGCACCAUCGAAGCACCAACCACUGAUAUUUCAUCAUGGACAGUUGUAAGUAUCUAUUAUCUGCAAGGAAUGCAGCCACCUCCCAAAGUCUUUUAAACAGCUCACUCCAUUUUUGUAGUUCAGUUACCUUUAUAUAAUAAUAUUAUCUCACAACUUUAUUUCCAUUAAUUUGCCCUUUUGAGACACUUAAGAAUCAUUUCACCAAAGUGGCCGUGUGGCUCUGCUCAGCUGGUUAUUUCAUAAGUGAUAAAGACUAUAAUUAUUCAUUUCACUAACCAGAUACAAAUAAGCUCUUCAUUAUUUUUAUAGUUCAGUAACCCUAAAAUUGCCCAUUAAGACACCAUCAACUCUGACUGCUAUCUUUUAAGUUAGCAAAGUACAAUACCCAAUAAAAGUUACCACAAGAACUCCUGUCAUUUUUGUUGACCUUUAAUCUUUAUGCAAACUUCAUUUUUACAUAGAUGAUUAGGCUGGCUUGAGUGUAGCCAAGAGCUAAUUGUGGCAAGCAAGACUUUACACAGAUAAUUUUAUUAUGAAAGAUGACCAAACAUAUUUACAAAUCAUGUGCAGAUCUGUUUUUCAUCUGGUUCUCAUCAGCAGGAAAACAUCUUUGCAGAUGAUUAGGGCAGUAGCGUCCGCACAGACUGAAAACAGACUUUGCAGACGAUAAAAUAGUCUGCAUGGAGUCUGUUUUUCGUAAAACAGAUUUGUUGCAGGCUGAUGGUUUUGUACGGGAUGCUAUCCAAAUCAUGGUAUUGCUUGCUCCUAAAGUGAGCAGAUUUAACUGUUUCUACUUCAGGUCGACAAAUUCAGUGUCAUCUUUGGGUGGUAUGCCAUUGUCAACUUGUCAAGUAGAAUCAGAAACUUUCUCGGAUAGUCUGGUUAUGUCCCUUUUAGCUUUUUUUAACUGUUUUCUUAAGGCUUCAUUUUCUUUCUUUAACUUCCCUGCCACUUAUCCUUACCAGUCACGUUAAAUAUUGAACAAGAAUUGAAACUUUCCAAGAGCCAUGUUCAACCUGAUUAUUACACUCGGAGAUCUGUGCAUAGGAUAACCUGGAUUUGAGGAAUAAUUUGCAGGGGAAUAAUAAUUUUUCAUAUUUUUUGUUAAGCAGUUACUACCUCCAGGUAUUUCUGCCCACUGCUUCCAAUUAGAUUUUUGUGCUUAUUUUCUCAGACAACGGUUUUGCAUUCCAAAUAUGCCUGUCCAACUUCGUCAUCAUCUCAUGGUAGUUCUGGACUGAGUUUAGGGAGUGUGCUAGUUAUCAGGUAUAUAAAAAUCUUUUGAAUGCAGUGUUUUUCUUAUCAUGUGACCUGCUGUGGCUGGAUUCUGAGUCUGUGGACAACAUUCUAUAGUGUUACCCUUUAAAUUUUAAUAACCACUUUGUCAGUAGGGUUGUAGCUAGGGAAGUGGCCCAGCUGGGGUAACCUUGAGUCCCCUGCCCCCCCCCCGCUUUGUAAGACAAAAUUGAAAAAUAAAAGUCCCCCUACCAGAUACUUAAAAAUUGAUUGUCUAUUAAUGACAGUAUUUCAUCCAUCUUAUAUCCAAAGCCAGCAUAAGUUAUGAAAGGUAACUUUGGAGGAAAUUUGUUCAUAUGAAAAUAUUUUCAUCGGCAGUUCUUUAACCUGUGUUGUAGAUAGUCUAAUUACUCCCCAGUAUAGACAGACAGUCUGCACAUGACUGCAACAGCUCCCAAAAACUUGUUCUGGUAUCCUGCAUGUUUGCAGGGAAAUCUGUAUCCAUUUCUGAUUGGCUUUAUUUCUUAUGUACUCUGUGAUUGGACUUUUCCUUCCAGAGCAAUCUAUCAAUACUCCACUAUGCAAGAGUGCGAAUCAUGAUAUAAACAAUACUAUUUGUACUUUUGUAUUUCACUGGGAUUUUCCUUGAAUCGUUGUGAAUAUCAAAACAGAAUGAAGAAGAGUAGGAAAGAUCAUCUAGAGGUAUUAAAGAGCUGUAUGAGAUAGAUAAUCUUCUGCCGGAAAAAGAAAAUUCGCUGAAAGAAUUCUGUUAAGCAGAAAUCCCUCUGGCGAAUGUUGGCUUAUUAUUGUACACUUCAGGUCAAAAUAUUUUUGUGAAGUUGGUGACUGACUAUGGUACAUCUUUAUUUUCAAUGUCUUCCACUAUAGCAAGUUCUCUCUAGGUCUCGAGCGACAGGUCUGGCUGCAAUACAGGCCACAGGUCUUUUAUAGGCCAGAAUGUUUGGUAUCGACAAGUUUUUCAGCCCAUCUUGCCACAUGACUCAUCCAAAUUUUUGCAGCUUAACAUAAUAAUAACAAAAGGUGGUAAAGGUGAAAGCUAUUUUUAUGAGAAUAGUGUAGGCUGUCUACCCCCCACGCAUGCUUCUCAUCCAAAAAAUGUCUCAUUUAGUAAAUCAGUUAAUUAACAAUAAUUGUUAUAAAUAUGCCUUUUUGUUGUAAUGGUUAAAACUGGCGAAGGUCUUAUUUACAUUGUGUGCAUGUGACAAACAGAUCUGCACGGUGUCAUUUGUUCUUUAUUUUCAGUUUUUCAUGUUUACUGAUUGUGUACAUCAGUGGUGGGAUCUUGGUCAAUGUCUAUGUCAAGCAUAUUAAGGGCAAGGAGGCUUUUCCAAACUACACAUUUUGGGUAGACCUACCUUUCUUAGUAAAGGUAUGUAAUCGUCAAUUCUUGGUCAUAGACAAAUUACGCGAUGUGUAUUACUAUUUACAGAUAUGAGUAAAACAAUUUGUUGUUUCAACCUGAAUACAAUUAGGGAAGUGUUCAAAACUAUUGAACAUAACCAAACCCACCACCUCCCAGAAACAUUGGUGGUAAGAACGAUUAACGUACAACCAACACGAGGAUUUCCUAUUGAUAUUUCAAUUAUUCUGAAACCAACUUACAGAAUAAGAUAGGAUCAGAGACGUUUCCAUACAACAUUCCAGUCAUAUUUCGGGCAUGAAUCAACUUCUACAGGAUUAAAAAAACAAAUUUACAACAACAAAGAAAAUUACAAUUCGAAAGAUAGAGCAAAAUACAAGACAAAACAAAAUGUUAUAGUACCCGAAGGUUAGAUCCUCGUGCAGAAAGUUAAAAAGAAAAAGGCAAUAAAAGAACUAUGUAGAUCCUUUACACUGUCCGUGUAUGCUGACAGCGUGUCAAAUUGUAACACAAUUAGCAAAAGGCAAAGUGAAAAGAGUUCUAAACAUGAGAAUUAGCGUUCGAUCAGAAAUGUUCGUAUUAAUCUGUCAAUCACAGUUUACCAAAUCAACGUUCAAAUCAAAUAAACUAAAUUCAGUUUAAGUCUAAAGUGAGUCACUCAUAACAACUGGGGUGUCUCAUUGACUUCCCUGCCACACACACAUACACACACCCUUCCCCACCAUAAAAAGAUGAUUUCUCAUUUGCAUAGCCCUCUUUCUAAUACCAGCAGAAAAUACAUGUAAGUACAAGGCUGACAAUGCCAGCUUUAUACUGCACACAAAAGUAGGUCAGUUUUAUCUCACCUUUUCAGGCCAAAAAUUGAUGUCUAGUAACUUUAUUGAUAUGAUGUUUCCACGAGAGUUGCUCGUCUAUGCAUACCUGAUCAAGAAGUUGUUCAUUUAUUUUGAUUGUGAUGUUUUGAUUCGUUUUCCUCCCUUUUGAUUUAAAAAUUAUGUUGUUAACAUUUAAUGAAAGUUUGUGUGCUAAAGCCUUGAAGCCACUGUUCUGAGUCCCUGUUUGUAGUCUGUUGCAGUGUGUCUACGCUCUUAUGACUAAAGAGUAAAUUCGUAUCAUCAGCAAAGAGAAUGUUAGAUAAUAUAUCAGAGCAUAUAGGAAUAUCAUUCAUGUAAAUAAGAACGAGAAGGGGCCCUAACACAGAUCCUUGCGGCACACCACAUUUGAUCGUUAACUUUUCGGAUUUUAUAUUUUUGUAUUUCACUAUUUGUUUUCUAUUUGUCAAGUAGUUUGUGAACCAUUUUAAGACAAUGCCUCUUAUUCCAUAGUACUCGCGUUUUUCUAGUAAUAUAUCAUAGUUAUAACUGUAUCAAAUGCUUUUGCAAGGUCUGAGAAUACGCCAACAGUAUAUUCACCAUUUUCUGCUGCUUCUAUAAUCUUAGUUACCAGUUCUAUAGUUGCUAAGUUUGUUGAAUGUUUUUUUUUGGAAAAACUGUACUGACUUCUGUAUAGUAUAUUGUGUUCAUUAAAAAGAUAUUUAAUUAUCCUUUUAUAACGAGACAUGAAUACAACACUUUUGUGCAACACUAUUGUAUGCCAUCGUCCAUUGGCUUAUCCUUCGACGUAUAUGUCUAGCUAUAAAAAAGUAAUUUCAGCAAAAAUCCUUCUUUCGCCUGGCUGCCUUGCUUACUGAAAAGUUUACUAAUUUUUGUAAUACCCCCUCCCCGCAAAUGGAGCUGUAUACUGACGCGUCGGGUACUGUUGGCUAUGGUAGGUACUUUAAUAUGAAAUGGCAUCAGAGUCGAUAGCUACCUCACAUGCAACUCAGCAAAGUGACCGGCACAAGUAUCGAAUGGCAAGAGCUUUUUCCCAUAGUUGUUGCCUGUGCCAUACGGUAGCCCUAUUUUUCCGGGAAACUUAUUCAAUUUUGGUGCGAUGACGAGUCUGUGGUCACUAUUAUUAAUUCAGGUCAUUCAAAGGUCGUCUUCGUUUUCUUGUGCUUAUACACAGGGAGCAGAGGAGUUCACUUUGAAUUAGAUAAUAAAGAAUCUCUUACCUCUUUGAUUGCUGUAAUUUGUUAAUUCUCCGUGUGUUAGUUAGCCGUGUGUGAUCAUUCUGGGUCGUUUAACCGUUAAACAAUUCCCUUCAAUCUUCCCUUUCGCUCAACGUUUCUUUCCGACCACCAUUAUUUUGAAACAUAACAACCGCUGAAAUAAGCGCUCGUGGGCUCUCAGGAUUCCUUAGCGUGGGUUAGAGUAACAGAAUACGUAAAGCUUGUCUCUUUCUUUCUCUCGGCACUUCGUGCCUCGCUCGGAAAGCUUCGCUUUCCGAAGACUCUCCGCCGAAGGCCAACGAAAAAGCCCACGAGCGCUUCAUUCAGCGGUUGUUAUGUUUCAAAAUAAUGACGGUCGGAAAGAAACGUUGAGCGAAAGAGAAGAUUGAAGGGAAUUGUUUAACGGUUAAACGACCCAGAAUGAUCACACACGGCUAACUAACACACGAAGAAUUAACAGAUUGCAGCAAUCAAAGAGGUAAGAGAUUCCUUAUUAUCUAAUUCAAACUGAACUCCCCUGCUCCCUGUGCUUAUAUCCAUGAAGCACAAUUUCUACCUUAGGGCUCGUCACGUUCCCGGGAUUUAUAGUGAGAUUGCUUACGCUCUCUCUCGGUUUCAGGAUACGCGCUUCCGGGCUGUCGCCCCCCAGGCGGAGAGCACCCCCUGUACCAUCCUGCCUUCGCUAAUGACCCUCUAAGGAAAGAGGUUCCCGCUAUGCUAACGGGGGAAUAGCAUGGUCAACAAAUCUCACCCAAAACUCCUGAGGAGAAGCACUUCCUUCAAUUUUGCCUUAUCAACAGACUUUUCUCUCCACUUAGGGACAUUCUUCCCGCCUCGGAUACAAGGACGAUCAAACAUAGCACCAUUAAGCUAUACUUGGCCGCCGUGCGCAACCUCCCAAUUUUUUUGGCACGGCGACCCAUUCCUAGGCAAAUAAUUUCUUUAAAAGGUUGGGGCAUUUUCCGCCAUCAGGGUCAGACCCGUAUUCUUCAACAACCCGUUACUCCAAGGGUUUUGUUAGGCGUACGGCCUAUUUUACGUCUGUGGCUGGGAGAAAGGUACUUAGCAAUGAAUUGGGCGGACUUCACUUCACCACUGAUAGUAGAGCACACCCAUCUCAAUGUUGUAUGCCUUGUGGAAUUUUGGCAGUAUUUAUUUUUUCCAAUUACUACAACUUUUAACAACCACGUUUUUUUCGCUUUAUGAAAUAUAUUAUAUCAGGGUCUUCACUUAACAUCACAUUUGAUUCUUUUUCAUUAGGAUGGCUGCGUAUUCACAUUUCAAUCCCUGGGAAAGUUAUGUGGAUUUGGCCCCAGCCGAACUGGAUAUGCGUCUAUAUAGGAAUAGCAAAGAACCAGUGAUGAGAGAUACAAACACCUCACCUUAUAAACCGUACACCUACAAAUCUGACAUUCAAAAAGAAUGUGGUGCUUUCCUAAACAAUCGGAAUCAAGUUCAAGGGCAAUUAUUUGGGAGCCUAAGCAACGAAGUUUUUAGCGACGCACGUCAACGAGAAGUGGCCUUUUUGCAUUCUUGGGGCGUGAUUUUGACCAAAUUUUCAGGCUAAUC